AUGGACUCCAAAGACAAGAAACCUGAUUCUUCAGAGACACCGCCAGGCACCAUGACCAAGCUGAUCAGUCUCAUUAUACAAGUAACUCCUUUUACCAUCGAGAACGCUUCUAAUGAGAAUAAAGCCGUCCGCUUUGCGCUUCAGAUCCGAGGUGCCACAGUCAGAACCCUGCGCGUCGCACAUGGCCGGUGGGCAAACCCUGACGAAUACGACACUUUUCCGGAUGAGUCGGAACCUGUGCUUCGGUCAAACGCAAGUGGCCCCUACAGUAUAGUAGAAAGAGAGCGUGAAAGAAGUCCUGAUGAGCCCUUGCAACAAGAUGGUAUUACCGUAACAAAUGCCGUAAAAGGCGAGGCUGUGAUCGCAGUCUUCCACAAUGGCGAACUCCUCCAAUUGGAUGGUACAGCUUCGGUUCCUAUCCGUAAUCCUUAUGAUACUGACAGCGAUGACGAGGAUAGCGACGGCCUAAAUGGCGACACCCAAAGCAAGUCUGACCAAACAGCCCCGUCAGCUUCUUCCGGAGUCCUUCGGAUUCCCUCCAAAGGGGUUCAAAAGCUUGUCUUGCAAUACAAAUUGCAAUCCCAUAGCGGUGAAGAGCCUCGGAGUCCAAAUCGUCUGGAUGUGGAGACUUUCCUGAAGACUGACCAGUCCAGAAAUUGGUCUUUCAAGGAAGACCAUGAACUCAACUCAAUUUUCAGAAGGUAUCUCGAACACAUCUUGUGUCUUUGCCUGGUUGAUGUUACGCCUGGCCCAGGCGAAGAACGUCGCAUCCCAUUCAUGAACGACAUCACGUUGGAGUCAGAAUCGACACCGCUUGGUGAUUUCUAUAUCUUCCGUUAUCUCCUGUUCAUGUACCAACUCUUAAAGAAAGAUGAUUAUAUCUCCACACAUCCCAUAUGUCAGAAUCGGGACAAAGAUGCCUCGAGCUUUGAGAAAGCUGAAUUGCAAGCUCGCAUCAAGGAAGCCUGUAUAGGGCAUUUGCGGUGGUGCUUCGAAGAGAGUGUCUUUCUGGCCCGUCAGAGCUGGCCUGCUUCUCCAAAAACAGAAAGUGACAACAACAAACUAGACGAGAAACCGAGUGCGCAGUUCUUUGUUGGAAGCUUACAAAUGCUCAAGCUGUCCGAAUUCUCUCGAGUGUUCGAAGGAGAAGGGAAGCUGGUGAAGGCAUGUUUACAAAUGGGAACUAAGUUGUGGCUUGACGCGCUGGAUGCAGAACGAGAUGAGAGGUCGAGACUAUGGUACAAAGACACAAGGAAGACCUAUAUCGCAUGGGGGGGCCGUCGCGGAGAGGGUUCGGAAUGGCUCCAUUUUCCGGAAUAUCGUUUAGGAGAUCUCAUCUACACCUGGAAGGCCCUCAAGUCCCUAGAAGCUAUGUCGGUUGAAUUCAAAGAUGAUACAAACGACUCACCAGACACUCUGGAACGACUGGAGGACUUGAAGUUACGAGCCCACGACGUACGAGAAACCAUUCUGCAGUGCUUUGCAUAUCAACCUCAAGACGCUCGUUCUACUAAUAGUAAUCAUAUAGUCGAUCGUUCGAACCGGCGAGAUCCUGGACAUGCUGUGGCAAAGAACGGAUCGGCUCCCGUGUCUUUUGCCAUUGCUGUACGGCGGUCUCGCGAGAGGGACAGACGGCUAUUUUAUGCCAAAGACUCGAUGCUUCAUGAUGGUAUCACGUGGGAUUUCUUCAAGAAUGACAUCCAAUUCGAGGCGUACAGCGCAAAGAAUGAGCCCACAAAGGUGGAUGUACAGCUUUCAUGGCAGAAGACAAUGCAGGCACAAGGCAUUGACCAUGAGACCACCUGGAAGAAACCACUUCGGUAUGCAUUGGCCAUUAUAAUGGCGAGUCAUCAUAUAUCCUUGGACGACUCCAAAUCCCCAGACGAGCUUGCAGAGCUUUCUUGGAAGAGGCUUCCCAGAUGUGUUAUGUCUCAUGGGCUAUUUGCUAAUCAGCUGGACCGGGACACAAAGCUUCCACGAUUGUUGAGACCCUUGUACUCUUCUGACAAACCACACAGUCCUUGGGCGACAUGGGAGCUAGCGACACUGAUGUUGGUCAGAAGGUUCAAGAAUUUGGAUCUCGAGAUAUUAAGAGAUGUAACGCUCCCAGUCCCACGCGAAGAAUCUGCGUCUCAAGAUGAGGAUGAAGAUACCAAGCGAGGAACUACAGAGAGGAAAACAAUGUCUUUUCAGCCGCCAGACGGUAGUAUCUCUGAGAAAAUGAGGUCUGCCCUGAUGAAAAAGGUUAUUCUAGAGAAGAGGAGAACAAGCUCCCACAAGAAGGUGGACUUCAAGCAGGUGUCUGACCCAAAAGAGAGACGGGCAAAAGAGUGGUUGUAUCCCUACCCGGACUUCAUCACUAAGCGGCCUCCUUACGACUCCAUGAAGGAAGAAUACGAUGGAAUGGAGCACCGUCUCGAGAUCGAUCUUCAGAAUCGCCUAACUGAUAAUCAUCGAACGAAGUUCAAAAGUAUAUUAGCCAGAGGGUUUGAGAAGUGGAGCCAGGAAAAAUCAUUUAGCGCUGGCAACUACAGCGCUGUUGUUGUCGACGUAGGUCAACACAAACGAAACGACCCAGAUAUUGACUGGUAUGAUGCGGAAGACCUAGACGGUCACCUUCGUCGAGCUCGCAGCAUACAUGACGCUAAGAAGAGGUUUCACUUUCUUGGACCCUUGGAAGUCGAACACGCCCUUAUGCUUUAUUUGGCGACUCCAAGGAAAGAGAGGCACCAUAUGGCACGUUUCUACAUACGUCACAGCAGUUAUUCAAGCCAUAUACAUGAAGAUGUCCAUCCUCUUGCAGACGCAUGGACAACUGAACUUCACCUCAGCUUUUUCCAACUGGCCAACAUGGAAGAGAAACCGCGUACCUAUAUUCCGGAAGACCCCCGUAACGAGGAAAAUCUUGAAGAAGAAGCAAGAAGUGAUCAUGUCUGUGACAGGCAUCAACGAGCCUUCCCCCAGAUAUUCAAGGGCUCGAAACGCGCUUUUCUCAAAAAAGCGUCACUGAGUUAUCGUUUCGUUGGAGAUAUGGGUGACAAAUUCUGGACCGGCUAUCUAUUGACCCAUCUUCCCGCAGAUUCGGAGAUUCUCCCAAAAGCCGAUGACUACCAUGGCUUUAGAGAUAUACAAGAAUGGUUUCAUGAAGACAGGAAGAUAGACCAGAGGAAGGUUCUUGAGCCCUUCCUCGUGGAGAAAAUGGUGGCCGAGCUGUUUCAAAGCACCGAUAAAAUUCUCAAAACUAUUGACGAUUGGCUCAAUCCAGAGAUAGAUGUCUCGGAAGACGGAAAGGCAUUGACUCAGCCGAAAGUUUCCAAGGCCGAUGACCGAUUCGUGGAUGUACAAUAUAAUCGGUCCGCCAUCUGUCUUGACCUUGACGCUACCCUUCGUAUACUUCGUCGUCUAUCCAAAGCAAACGUUGACUCUCUCAGCCAAUGGGCCAAGCGGGAACAAACCCGAAGUUUUCAACCACGGUGGUCUGAGAAGGACGAAUUCAAAUUUCGAGAGCUGAUCGACUUCCAGAAACGACGUGCCGAGCAACAAAUCUCUCGGGUAAAUGACCAAUUCCGACGGAUUCAGGAUUCCAUCGAGCAAGUCAGAACUCAUCGGCAAGAGCUGAUCAACAAUAUCAAUCUUGCUGAAUCGCGGACUGCAGCACAUGAGUCGGAAAACAUUCGAAUAUUUACCUACGCCACGGUGAUCUUUUAUCCGCUGAGCUUCGUGGCAAGUCUUUUCAGCAUGCAAGGCCCGCCCAACCACAUCACGACUCCGCUCUUCCUUCAAGCUACUGCGAUUGCAUUGGUGAUCACGCUACUGAUGGUUUUCAAUGCUGAAAUUCUUGCAUGGCCAAUUCGAAGACUCAGGUACAUCGUAAGCCGCAGUGCACGAGAAAGAAUGGGGAGAACACCCAACACAUUCCCAGUGACUUGGGAAAAGACUCUGGAUCACAUCAAAGAUGCUGAAGAGCAUGACAUCUUACACGAUCAUGAAAUGCCGAAAUGGCCGAGGAGCAAAUUCGUUUAUCUUCUAUUCUUGGUCGUCUACUUCUUCGUUGACUUUCCAGCAUCUCGUAUUGUGCUCGCAUACGAAUCAGUCACGAAAUCUGAGGCCGGUUCUCCAUAUCAUGCAACCCUAGCUGUUGUGCGGAUUUUCAUUGCACUCAUAUUAUCGCCAGUGUUCGUGGUCUCUUGGACUAUCUUGGUAAUCUGGAGCCUACUCUGCUGGACCCUGACCAAGGUCUGGACAGUGCCACUCAGACGAUGGAAUGAGGUCCAAGAGCAGAGUAACAAAAAGCAAAAUGAUCACCUCAGGGAGAAAUUCGAAGCUGACGCCAAAGCCGAAGCCGAGGCGGAAGCCAAGGCCAAAGAAAAGGCCAAAGAGCAGGACGGAGCGAAAGACGAUGACCGGGAAUCGACAGACCCUGUUCCGCGGGGAGAGAAAACAAAUAAGAAGGAAAAGCCAAAGACGGUGGAUGAGCGCAUCGAUGACACGCGCAAGAAAGAACGUAAGGAGAAGGAUGAUCGGAUCCGGCAGCACGUCAAGCUGCUCAUCAAUCCUCCGGAGCUUUACGAGCGCAUGGAGCACAACGCUUUAAGGUUGAGGAGAAAAAAAAAACGAGAGGGUGAAGACGAUACCACGUCUUCUCGUACAUCUCGCAAGGCCAGCGCGACGGACCUGCUCCCGAGUGAUGAGAACGGCGCCGUAUCCGCGACACAAAACCACAAUCCAGUGCGCAGAUCAGUGUGGCGCCUCAUAUUCGGCAGGCCUGAGAGAAAACAGGACGACGAAAGGUUGGUGGAAGGACGAGACAAGUAG